UUCACUUUCUCUUGGAUGAGUCCUUUACUUGCACUCGGGUAUAAGAAAACACUGGACCUUGAAGAUGUUCCACAACUCGCCAAUUGUGAUAGUGCCAGUGUGGUCUUUGCACAUUUUAAAAACAAACUUGAAUCUGAUAGUGAUGACAGUACUACUGGUGGUCAAAUAAGCUCACUCAAAUUGGUAAAGGUAUUGAUUUUCUCAAUAUGGAAAGAAAUUCUAUGGACAGCUCUACUCUCCAUUGUAUGCACAUUAGCUUCUUAUGUUGGACCAUAUCUUAUUGGAGUCUUUGUUCAGUAUCUCAAAAGCCCUCUCCAACCAAAAUAUAAAGGCUAUAUGUUAGUUUAUAUUUUUUUUAUUUCAAAGCUCAUAAAGUGUCUCUCAGAGAGGCAUUUGUUCUUUCAAUUGCGAAAGAUGGGAAAUAGGGUCCGUGCUGCCUUAUUUGCAAUAAUCUAUAAGAAGGGUCUUAUGCUUUCAAGUCAAUCAAAGAGGGAUCACCCUAGUGGGAAAAACAUUAAUUUGUUGAGUGUUGAUGUUGAGAGGAUAGGAUUUUUCAGUUGGUACUUACAUGAUAUAUGGAGGGUGCCUGUUCAAAUUGUUCUAUCAUUGUUGAUCUUGUACAAGAACCUUGGGCUGGCUUCACUUGCAGCUUUUGUUGCCACAAUUAUUUUGAUGUUAGUAAAUGUUCCAUUGGGAAAACUACAAGAGAAGUUUCAAGGGGGAUUGAUGGAUUCAAAGGAUCGAAGGAUGAAGGCAACAACUGAGGCACUGAGGAAUAUGAGAAUUCUCAAGCUCCAGGGUUGGGAGAUGAAAUUCUUAUCUAAGAUUAUUAAGCUCAGGAACUUUGAGACAAUAUGGUUGAAAAAGUUAAUUUACACAUCAGUUAUAACUUCGUUUGUAUACUUGUCUGCUCCUAUGUUUGUAUCCAUGAUUACUUUUGGAUGUUGUAUACUUAUGAGAAUCCCACUAGAGUCAUGGAAGAUUCUAUCUGCAUUUGCAACAUUCGAGAUAUUACAAGGAUCUAUUUAUAAUCUUCCAGACACAAUUUCUAUGGUGAUUCAGACUAAAGUAUCCCUUGAUAGAAUAAUCACAUUCCUAUGUCUCGAUGAUCUCCAUCCAAAUAUAGUACAUAAGCUUCCAAAAGAUGACGAUGAGGUUGCAGUUGAGAUCGUCAAUGGGAGUUUCUCUUGGGACCUUCGUUCGCUUAAUCUCAUAUUAAAAGAUAUUAAUUUUCGAGUGUUUCAUGGUAUGAGAGUGGCUGUAUGUGGUUCUACUGGGUCAGGCAAGUCAAGCUUGCUUUCAUGCAUAUUGGGGGAAAUGUUAAAGGAAUCUGGAGACAUUAAAUUGAAUGGAACGAAAGCCUAUGUUGCACAAUCACCUUGGAUACAAAGUGGUAAGAUUGUGGACAAUAUAUUGUUUGGUAAGGAGAUGGACAAAGAAAAGUAUGAAAUGAUCCUUAAAGCAUGUUCAUUGAAGAAGGACAUAGAGUUGUGUGCCUUUGGAGACCAGACUAUGAUAGGAGAGAGAGGAAUCAACUUAAGUGGUGGACAGAAGCAAAGAAUCCAGAUUGCACGUGCAUUAUACCAUGAUGCUGACAUUUAUCUACUUGAUGAUCCUUUUAGUGCUGUGGAUGCUCACACAAGAACUCAUCUAUUUAAGGAGUGUUUGCUAGGAAUUUUGGGUUCAAAGACAGUGAUUCAUGUUACCCACGAAGUAGAGUUCUUACCUUUUGCUGAUCUUAUCCUGGUUAUGAGAGAUGGAAGGAUUACUCAAACAGGAAAAUACGAAGAAAUUCUUAAUUCAGGAACUGACUUUAUGGAAUUAGUGGGUGAACAUAAGAAAGCUUUAGCAGAAUUUAAUUCUGAUGAAUUUGGUCAUAAUCUAUGUAAUGAAAAGUCUAUUCAAGAUGAUAAGGAAAAGAAUCCUAAAAAUAAUAAAAAUGAAAAACUAGCUAGGCCAGAAGGGCAGCUUGUCCAACAAGAAGAGAGAGAAAAAGGUGGGGUUAGUAUUUCAGUUUAUUGGAACUAUGUUACCGCUGCAUAUAAAGGGGCUUUUGUACCAUUAAUAUUAUUGGCACAAAUUCUUUUUCAGUUUCUUGUAAUAUUCAGUAAUUACUGGAUGGUGUUAGCUACUCCUGUUUCAAAGGAUGUGAAACCUCAUGUUAGAGGAUCCACUCUCAUCUAUGUUUAUAUUGCUUUGACCCUCGGAAGCUCUCUUUGUAUACUUAUAAGGUCCAUGCUCAUUGUAACCGUUGGAUACAAGACAUCCACAAUGUUUUUCAACAAAAUGCAUUUUUGCAUUUUUCGUGCCCCCUCGUCAUUUUUUGAUUCUACCCCGAAUGGAAGAAUUCUUAAUCGGGCAUCUAUAGAUCAAAGUGCAGUCGAUACCACUAUUCCACAUCAAAUUGAAGAAGUUCUAAUCUCAAUCAUAAGAUUCUUGGGAACUGCUAUAGUAAUGUCACAGGUUGCAUGGCAAAUAUUAAUAGUUUUUAUUCCAAUGACUGUGACAUGCAUUUGGUACCAGAAAUACUACAUAUCUACAACACGAGAACUAUCACGAUUGGUUGGUGUGUGCCAGGCUCCAAUUUUACAACAUUUUUCUGAAUCUAGUUCAGGUUCAACUACAAUCAGAUGCUUUAAUCAAGAAGAGAGGUUUAUAGACGCAAAUCUCAAGUUGGUGGAUGAGUAUUUCCGGCCCAAAUUUCAUCUCUCUGGUGCAAUGGAGUGGUUAUGCUUCCGCAUGGAUAUGUUGGCGUCUAUCACAUAUGCCGUCUCAUUGAUUUUCUUGAUCUCAAUGUUAAAGGGAGUACUUAGCCCUGGCGUUAUGGGGUUAGCAGUCACAUAUGGGCUUCGUUUUAGUUUCCAUGGGGUCAUAUGGGAUCUUAGCAGUCUUGAAAAUAAAAUCAUAGCUAUUGAGAGAAUGCAACAAUAUUCUUGCAUCCUUAGUGAACCCCCUUUGUUAGUAGAAGAAAAUAGACCAGAUCGGGAAUGGCCGUCACAAGGGAAAGUUGACAUUGUUGAUCUGCAGAUCCGGUAUGGCCUACACUUUCCUCUUGUCUUGCGAGGUCUCACAUGCACUUUCCCUGGAGGAAUGAAAAUUGGCAUUGUUGGGCGAACAGGAAGUGGUAAAUCAACUCUCGUACAAGCUCUCUUUCGUUUGCUUGAACCUACAACGGGUCAAAUUUGGAUAGAUGGUAUCAAUAUUGCCCAAAUUGGCCUUCAUGAUUUACGAUCAAGGUUGAGCAUCAUCCCGCAAGACCCAAUAAUGUUUGAGGGUACUUUAAGAAGCAAUCUUGACCCGACUGAAGAGUACACUGAUGAACAAAUAUGGGAGGCUUUAGAUAAGUGCCAACUUGGUGAUGAAGUUAGAAAGAAGCAAGGAAUGCUUGAUUCUACAGUGACUGAGAAUGGAGAGAAUUGGAGCAUGGGUCAAAGGCAGCUACUAUGUUUAGGGCGGGUAUUGCUCAAGAAAAGCAAAGUGUUAGUACUUGGUGAAGCUACUGCUUCAGUGGAUACUGCAACUGAUUAUCUAAUCCAGCAAACGCUUAGGCAACACUUCUCAGGGUCUACUAUCAUCACAAUUGCACAUAGAAUAACAUCAAUUCUUGAUAUUGAUAUGGUCCUCUUUCUCGAUAAUGGACUUAUACUGGAAUAUGAUUCCCCAGCCAAAUUGCUAGAGAUCAAGUCCUCAUCAUUUGCAAAGCUUGUUAAGGAGUAUACUCAAAGAUGUAGUUUCUAG